AUGCCCUUAGUCUCUGUAAAACAAGAACCAAUAGAUGAUGAACAUGAAAAAUUGCAUGUUCCUGAUAAAAAUCUACCCGUACCUGAUAAUGUCAAUCCAGAAUCUGCUGUAGUAUAUGGUCCUCACCAACUUGAACCUCCUGCUUCCCUUUUCACCAAACUCAACCUCUUUAACAUCAUGGAUGAACACAGAAGAUCAACCUCUCUCACAAAUAGACUGUCUAUUCCCCUGAAUAUCCUACAAAACACAAAACCCACACAAGAUCAAUCAGAAAACUCUCAUACUGAUGAAACUAGGUCUGAACCUCAAUCUGAACCAAAUCCUAAAACAACACCUACCAUCUCCAUUGAUGAUUCUCCAUUAGACUUUGAGUUUGAAACAGGAAAUCCUCUAGAAUUACAAGUUGCAGAACCAACUGAUGAAGAAGACAAUCUGCCUUUGUCUCAAGUGAAGAAGAAUCAAGCAAAGUCAAAAGGGAAGAAGAAGAUCCAAGAAGAACAUAUGGACAAAAAUCCUGUGGCAAAAAUUCAAGUUUUUCCCGCCCCUGUCACCAAGCGGAAAACCAGAUCAUCCACAACACAACAGGAGAAGGAAACCCCCUCACCAGCUCAGAAAACUAAGAGAAAACAGCCAAUCGCUGAACAACCUGUCCCUGUGGAAACCACGGCCAGUAAGAAGAGAAAGAAGAGCACCACUCAAACUCAGCAACCUGAAAGCCAGCCGGACGUCUCCGCCGUAACACCUCUUGAAGUAAUCACCCCUCAAUUCUUAUAUGAUGAGUAUGCGGCAAGAUGGGACUCAACAAACAAACGGAAAAUCCUGAGUGAAAGGUAUCUUGAUGUUGAAAAGUUCAAGUCUCAAUGCCAACUUAUGCCAAUAUUUGAAAAGUUAAACCUUGUCAAGUCUGUAACAACUCAGACGAGCUAUCCACCAAUUGCCAUCAAGGAAUUUUAUGCAAACCUUCUGAAGACUGUCAAAGAGGCUGGCUCACAUGUCUAUGGACGUAUUUGGCUGAGAGGAAAGGAAUACAAUUUUGACACACGUACCAUCAAUAUGUAUCUGGGCAUAGAUGCAAGUGACAUUGAGGACCCUGUUAUUGGUGCAAAUACCAUCACAAAGGUCAUUACAAGAGGAACAUACAGCUACUGGCCUGCUGAAACCAACAUGUUGCCAGCAAAAUCUCUCACAACAAAGUAUGCUAUUCUGCACAAACUAGCCAUGACAAAUUGGAUGCCAAAUGAACACCGAGGAGGAUUAAACUUUCUUAUGGCCACCCUGAUCUACAAGAUAGGCAAAGGUAUUCCCGUUGAUUUAAGUGACAUUAUCUUCAAACAUGUGGCAUCCUUCAGAAAACCAGAGUCUAAAGAGAGCAAGGUAAAGCUGUCUUUCCCCUGCACAAUUUAUGGAGUUCUGCGCUCACAAGGUUUCAAACCAGAACCAAAUGAACCUAUGGAAGCACCACAAGUCAGAACCAUUGAUGCCAAACUGAAACAAGGAAGUCAUGUGCUUGAUAUCUUUCCAGAACAUGCAACAAACUCACAACACAGCACCUUGACAAAAGCAUCAGAGAUCUUAACACAAUCAUCCAGAUACUCGUUGAAAAGGGAACAAUUGAGAUUGAGAGACCAAGAGAUGACUGCUGUUGUUGCUGAAACACCCACUGAUCCAUCUACUGCACCUGAAGCUGAUUCCACCGCACCUGAAGCUGAAUCCACUGCAGACAGCCAGGACGAUGAGUCCUCAGAAUCUGAUUGA